CCCUAAAACCCUCAGUCCGAUUUCUUUCAUUCCUUUCCUCCGCGUCAAGUUUCAAUUUUUUAGUCUGAAUCUCUCUCCUAAAUCUCUUUCUCUCUCCCCAAGUGUGUUGUAGAAGAAGAUGAAUCUGAACAAUGUUAAGAUGCCGAAUAUGCCCAGUGGGGGUGCAGCUUCCGCGUUAAUCAAGCUGGGAAUUGUUGCGGGGCUCGGCAUUUACGGAAUCGGCAACAGUCUCUACAAUGUCGAGGGUGGUCACCGAGCAAUUGUUUUCAACCGUAUCGUCGGCAUUAAGGAUAAGGUGUAUCCCGAAGGAACGCAUUUUAUGAUCCCAUGGUUUGAAAGGCCAGUCAUUUACGAUGUUCGUGCACGACCCCACUUGGUCGAGAGCACUUCUGGAAGUCGUGACCUUCAGAUGGUAAAAAUUGGUCUUCGUGUUCUCACCCGUCCUAUUCCGGACCAGUUGCCAACUGUUUAUAGAACUCUUGGUGAAAAUUACAACGAGAGAGUACUGCCGUCUAUUAUUCACGAGACUCUCAAAGCUGUGGUCGCCCAGUUCAACGCUAGCCAACUUCUCACCCAGAGAGAGAAUGUGAGUAGGGAAAUUCGGAAACUAUUGACAGAAAGAGCUGCCUCGUUCAACAUUGCAUUGGACGACGUGUCAAUCACCAGCUUGACCUUCGGUAGGGAAUUCACCGCUGCGAUUGAAGCCAAACAGGUGGCGGCACAAGAAGCCGAGAGGGCCAAGUUUGUGGUCGAAAAAGCAGAGCAAGACAAACAAAGUGCCAUAAUUCGAGCACAGGGAGAGGCGAAGAGUGCACAGCUGAUUGGUCAAGCUAUUGCGAACAACCCGGCAUUUAUUACACUCAGGAAAAUCGAAGCGUCCCAGGAAAUUGCACGAACAGUUGCGGCUUCAAACAACAAGGUUUACUUGACCUCCGACGACUUGUUACUGAACCUUCACGAUCUCAAUUCCCCACAAGGUGGCAAGAAGUGAACCGUUGCUGUUUCUUGAAAUUACGAUUUAAGACUUUCGAAUUCGGAACUCACUUGUGGAAGUUUGUGACAUUUGAGUAAUUUAUUUAUUUGUAAGACCCUAAAAUGCGGCAUUAUCUAUUUUCCGUGCCCGGAAAAUACGGGAACUAGACAUUGCAUAAGGAACUAGAAUCUUGUAUUUUGGUUUUCUCCCUUGCAUGUUUUUGUUUGUAAAACAAGAAAUUGCACCUCUUUGGACCAAGUUUAAUGAUUUGAUAUUCCUGCGUUUGUUUUA